UGUUGCUAUAGACAGGGACAUCUCUAGCUCGCUGUCUCUCUCUUGCCCGACCUACCUAUUUUCAAGGUUUCAAGCUGCCCGGCCUGCCCGUCGUUGGAACUCUCUCCCUCUAUCUUAACUCCCAAGCACUCGCUUCUCUUCUAGUUUCUAUGCCCACUUUUUCUCUCUCUCUCUCUCUCUCUCUCACUGAGGCCCUUUUGACUACAUUUUACAACUGGGUCUGGGCGAGUUUUUCAGUUAUUCCAGAUCUUUUACACGUUGUUGUUUGAGUGUUCAUUGGUUGAUGAGGCGUUUGAUUGGUUUGAAUGAUUUGAAGUGAGGUGGUUUGGAAAUGGGUCCUGCAUGUGGUAUGUGAAAUCUUCUGGGUUUUUGGGGUUAUGAGAGUUUGAGAAUAAGAGUUUCGGGAAGAUGGCGUUGGAGUCUAAUGAAAUUAAGGAGGUGGCGGCUUUGGAUGUGGAAAAGUCAAAGGGAAGGAAAAAGAAAGUUGGAGGAGAGACGGAGACUGGGUGUUGGGGCAGUACGUUCAGGUUCUUUGGGAGCUUCUUGCCAUCAAGAUCAAAAGUUGAUAGCUCCACGAGUGGCCCUACUGCCCAUUCUGCAGAGAGUAAUUCUACUUAUGAGAAAAGCAGAGACCAACCAAUUGCUUCAGCAGGGUCCUCUACAACCACUAGUAAUACGGGAAGUAAUUCAUCCAUAUCAAAAUUCAGUUCUACAUCAACAUCAAAAUUAAGUACUUCUUCCACGUUAAAAUUCAGCGAGGAGCUGAAGGUUGCUUCUCAACUUCGGAAGUUUAUGUUUAAUGAGCUAAAGUUAGCGACGAGGAACUUCAGACCUGAUAGUAUUCUUGGAGAAGGUGGGUUUGGUUGUGUCUUCAAAGGUUGGAUCGAUGAGAACGGCACUGCUCCUGUGAAACCUGGAACUGGACUUACAGUUGCGGUCAAGAUUCUCAACCAUGAUGGACAUCAGGGUCAUAAAGAGUGGCUGGCUGAAAUUGAUUUGCUUGGUGACCUCACCCAUCCUAAUUUGGUUAAAUUGGUCGGAUUUUGCAUUGAAGAUGAUCAAAGGUUAUUAGUUUAUGAAUUUAUGCCUCGGGGAAGUUUGGAGAACCACCUUUUCAGAAGAUCCCUGCCUCUUCCUUGGUCUAUCAGACUGAAAAUUGCACUUGGUGCUGCAAAGGGCCUUACCUUUCUUCAUGAAGAAGCUCAAAGACCAAUCAUAUACCGUGAUUUCAAAACAUCUAAUAUUUUAUUAGAUACUGAUUACAAUGCCAAGCUCUCGGAUUUUGGACUUGCCAAAGAUGGUCCUGACGGAGACAAAACUCAUGUAUCUACACGAGUUAUGGGAACAUACGGCUAUGCAGCCCCUGAGUAUGUCUUGACCGGACAUCUGUCAUCAAAGAGUGACGUGUUCAGUUUUGGAGUAGUCCUACUUGAAUUGCUGACCGGCAGAAGGUCCAUGGACAAAAAAAGGCCAAAUGGGGAGCAAAGCCUCGUCGGAUGGGCACGACCACUUCUUGGAGACAAGAAAAGGUUAUACCAGCUAAUAGAUCCUCGUCUUGAAGGUCACUUCUCAAUCAAAGGUGCAGAGAAAGCUGCCCAGCUAGCUAUCCGUUGCCUUGGUCGGGACCCAAAAGCCAGACCUAAGAUGAGUGAGGUUGUUGAAGCCCUAAAGCCUCUGAUGAACCUCAAGGAUAUGGCCAGCUCUUCCUCUUUCUUCCAGACCGUGCAAGCUGACCGUACCAGGUCCUACCCAAAGGCUCCAAAUGGAACUGGAAUGCGGGCAGCAUCCGUAACGAGAAAUGGACAACUAAUGAGGAACAUUACAAUUAUAAAUGGUCCUCAUGCUUCUCCGCAUCCUCAUCCUCUCCAGUCAAAUGGGAGGGAAUCAUAGAGCUUUUUUUUGGUAGGUUUGUUAUAUAUAUCUUGAAUAUGUAUGUUUGAUGAAACUCCCUAGGGGCAUCUUGAUCCGUGAACCAGAAAUCAUUGGUGUUAGGUCUAUUGAUGACGAGCUGUGCAUCAUAUGAUAAAUCAAUGGCUAAUGAUAAUAUGGUACUUGUCGAGAAGUGUGUGACUGUGAGAGACCUCCCAUGGGUUGUAUUGAAACCACCCUUUGGUGUAAAGUAGGAUCAUCUAUCUUCAUACUUACAACCGUGAAUCCUUUCAUUGUAUAGAGAUUUAUCAUGACAUAUCGCUGGCCAAUCCAUGAUUUGAGUUUGCUUGUCA